AGAAUGGCUCGCUGCAACGAUGAGAUAUUUGGCCCCUCAGUGGCAAGAAAUUGCCGAUCGGGAUUUGACUUCACAUUACUGUUUGAACAAAGCAUCCUUUCCCUUCUUCCAUCGGCCAUUCUGAUCUUGGUGUUUCCGUGGCGGGUUUCUCGCCUUCUACGGCAAGACGUCAAGGCAGUACAGAACAAUCGACUCUACACGAGGCUGAUCGCUUUUGCGGUUUUCACAGCUCUCCAGAUAGUCCUGUUAAUUGAGUGGGCAUCUCGGUCCGUGCCAUCUAACCGCAUGUCCGUCCCAGCAGCUUCCCUUAGGGUCGUUGAUGCCAUAGUCAUGUUGACCUUAUCAGUCGUUGAAUAUCGACGAUCUAUUCGUCCCUCCACGAUUUUAAAUGUGUACCUGUUAUUUAGUCUCCUCUUUGAUGCCGUCCAGCUGCGGACCCUUUGGCUGAUGCAUGACCAAAUUCCUCUGUCUGCUAUCGCAAGCGCCAGCCUGGCUACGAAAACGAUAUUGUUGCUUCUGGAGGCCCAGAAUAAACGCAAUGUCCUACGAGAUCCAUACAGGAAUCUCUCUCCAGAAUCUGUAGCUGGCAUAUUUACCCGGAGCUGUUUCUGGUGGCUCAAUCCGCUUUUAUGGCGAGGCUUUCGCGCAUUGCUCUCACCAUCGGAUAUGUUCCAAGUGGACUCUGACUUAUCUUCCAGGUCCCUAAAGAGAAGAUUUCUCUUUUACUGGAAUUUGUCGGUGCCAACCAUCAAGUUCAGGUUGCUUCUUUCGGUAGCUCGGGCCCUCAAGCGACCAAUAUUUGCUGCCGCUGUUCCGCGAAUCUUCCAAAGUGGAUUUGCAUGGUGUCAACCUUUCCUAACAUUCAGAGUAAUUGACUACAUUGGGAAUCAUGAUAAGGAGGACAAAAACUACGGGUAUGGCCUAAUAGGAGCGACUGCCCUGAUUUAUAUGGGGCUUGCCUUCAGUAGCGCCAUGCACAAGCACCAGACGUUCCGAAUGAUUACUAUGAUUCGUGGGGGUCUCAUCUCACUUCUUUACGACAAGACACUAAAGCUAGAUAUGGAAAGACUCACAGAUUCAGCAGCCAUGACGCUCAUGACUACGGAUAUAGACAGCAUUGCCACCAAUUGGGUAAAUAUCCACGAAAUCUGGGCGUCUCCUAUUGAUGUUGGUAUUGGGGUCUAUCUACUGCAGCAAAAGCUAGGAAUUGCCUGCAUAGCCCCAGUUGCUCUUGCUCUUCUUUCCAUGCUGGGAAGCACUCAAAUCGCAAAAAUGAUGAGAGGACGGCAGCAACGUUGGUUAGAAGCCGUGCAAAAGCGUGUCGGCUUGACAUCCUCGCUCCUAACAAACAUCAAAGAACUAAAAAUGAUGUCCAUGGCCACCAGUCUAGGUGGCAAAAUCCAAGAUUUGCGGUCAGCUGAAAUCAGAAAGGCAAAGUCCUACCUAAGAAUCGAAUGCCUCAUGAACGUUUGCGCAAAUGUAUCAACGCUCCUGUCCCCAGUUACAACACUUCUUCUCUUUGCCUUUGUGGCAGCGAGUAACCCUUCUGAUCAGCUUACAAGCUCUUUGGUUUAUUACGCUCUCACAAUCGUCGCCUUAAUGUCAUCACCCCUAGCUCAGGCACUGAAUGCGCUUCCAACCUUCGGAGCGUCCCUCGCAUGUUUUACAAGGAUUCAAAAUUACUUGCUACUAGAGGAAAAACAGGACUAUCGAGACGUUAAGCCCAGCCAACAAUCACUAGUUGCAGAUCACCCUUUUGUCAACGAUCAGCAGCCUCCUGGUGCACAAGGAACCGAACCGUGCAAGUCUUCCAUGGUGGGUAGAGAUCACAUGGAUUCAGAUUCAAACGGCUGCGUCUUUGCCAUUCGGAACGGGCAGUUUGGUUAUGAUGAUGAUCCAGAAAAAGCUGUGUUGAGAGAUAUAUAUUGGCAAUGCAAACCUUGUUCCUUCACUGUGGUACUGGGACCCGUUGGAUCGGGGAAAACAACACUACUAAAGGCACUUCUUAGCGAAGUCAAGUGUUUCAAAGGGACUCUUUCUCUGACAGACCUAACUGUUUCCUACUGUGGUCAGGACGUAUGGCUUCAGGACCUGUCUCUACAAGAGAAUAUCCUUGGAGGACUCCCGCUUGAUAAGAGGCAUUAUGAGGACGUGGUUUUUGCGACUGGUUUGGAUUCCGUGAUCUCAAAACUCCCACAAGGUGAUGGAACCAAAGUAGGAUCCAAGGCCGUGAGCCUUUCUGGUGGCCAGAGCCAACGGGUUGCUGUUGCUCGGGCAAUCUACGCACGCAAGUCACUGCUUCUCCUGGACGACUCUUUCAGUGGCUUGGAUACCACAUCUCAGUCGUUGAUUGACAGCCGUCUGUUCGGCCCGACUGGCCUUUUGAGAAAAGUUGGCUGCACUGUUGUUCUGGCCACACACAGCCGGAGGUACCUGAACAGCGCAGAUACGGUCCUUGUACUUGAUAAGAACGGGUUGAUCCAGCAUCAAGGCCCUCCUAUGCAGCUGAGGUUAGUCAGAAGUACGUCAAACAGUGAUAUUGAAGUCCCGAACAGUGAUGCGGAAGAUUGGAGCAGCUCAUCACGAGAGCCGCAAGACGACACAGCACCGAUCUUGGCCUCAGUAGGUCAGAGUUUGUCCGACGACUUGGCUCGGCAGAGAGGUGACUAUUCCAUAUACAAGUAUUAUUUGGCAAGUAUUGGUAUCUUUAACCUACUAAUCUACGUCCUGUUGAACUGCCUCUUUGUAUUUUGUUCUCGUUUUGGGCAAGUUUGGGUCGGCUUCUGGGUCGACGCGGUUGAGACAAGCCCGGGUCGGCACAGUAAUGUUGUGUACAGCUGCUCUUAUGUCGCAAUAAUGGUGGGUGCCUUGAUUAUGUAUGGAUCCGUUCUUUUCUUCAUGUUCCAAGUGAUUGUUCCUCGAUCCGCUCGGAGGCUACACUCGGCACUCAUCGGAACUACGAUACGUGCGCCCUACAGCUUUCACGCCGUCACCAACCCUGGUAUCACAUUAAAUCGGUUUAGUCAAGAUAUAACAUUGGUAGACGUUGAUCUCCCUUCAGCUGCCGUGCAAUUCUUUCUCGACUGCUUCACUUGUCUUGGCCAAGCAAUCCUAAUUUGUACGGGUGCUAAAUACGUUGCCGCAUUCUUGCCGGGGGUGAUUAUCGCAACAUACAUGAUCCAGAAGGUCUAUUUGCGGACCUCUCGACAAGUACGCUUUUUGGACUUGGAAGCUAAAUCACCUUUAUUUAGCCAGAUGUUGGAGACUUACAGUGGAAUUGUCACAAUAAGAGCUCACGGAUGGGAGCAUCGGUUCCAAGAGGAUAAUCUAGCACUGCUGGAUAGGUCUCAGCGACCAUAUUACGCACUGUACUGUAUUCAGCGGUGGCUCAGCUUUGUGCUCUCUUUGUUGGUUGCCGUCGUUGCGGUUAUUCUCGUAACCUUUGGAACCCAGAUCAGAAACAUCACAUCUGGAAACGCAAUGGGCGCAGCAUUGAUCAACGUUCUAAAUUUUGCCCAGACACUGAGCCAACUUGUCGCCGCAUAUACUAGCCUUGAGACGUCACUGGGUGCUGUUGGAAGGAUUAAAUCCUUUACAUCUGAUGUGAAACCGGAGGAUGAUGCAGCAGUGGUCUUACAGAGUCCACAGCUCUGCUCUCACCCAGCCACCGGUAAAAUCGAGUUCAACUCCGUCACGGCAUCUUACAGUUCAAUGUCCAGACCCGCUCUGAGCAAUGUCUCGUUUUCUGUUGAGCCUGGUAUGAAAAUUGGCAUAUGUGGUCGAUCAGGGAGCGGAAAGUCUUCUUUGAUUCUGGCCCUACUGAAGAUGCUACCGCUUCGUGAGGGCGCAAUAACUAUAGACGGUGUCGAUAUCUCCACUAUGUCAUGCGACGCGGUACGAUCCAUAUGCAACACCAUUCCUCAAAACCCCGUGAUCUUCCCUGGAAGUAUUCGACAAAACCUUGACCCUUUGCUAGUCCACUCCGACACAGAGCUACAGGCCGUUCUGGAAUCACUGGAACUGUGGCAAAUUGUGUCGUCACGAGGUGGCUUGGAUUCCGAUAUGGAUAUAUCGCCUUUUAGCCAUGGUCAAAAGCAACUACUUUCCGUCGGGCGCAGCUUCCUGAUGAAUGGCGAGAAACGGAUUUUGAUAGUCGACGAGCUAACGAGUAGUCUAGAUCAAGCAACAGAAACCUUAGUGCUUAACUUCCUGGAAGAGAGAUUUGCCCAGCAUACUGUGUUGGCGGUGACGCAUCGGCUCAGCACUGUCAGUCGAUACGAUCAUAUUGCGGUUUUUGAAAGCGGUAAACUAGUGGAGUGGGGAGAGCCGGGAAAGCUGCGAGAUAGUGAUACUGGGCUAUUCAAGUCAUUCUGGGCUAACUCAGAAUAGGCGCUGAAAGGGAUGGCGGCUUCAAAGGCUCUCUAGCAAUUCAUUCGCCG